UAAAACCCCAGAGGUUUCUCGAGAUUUCUCCAUCCUUCCGAUCCAUCAGACCACUCCACCAGGAGAAGAUCGAGGAAGGAAAGAAAUUCCUCUAGCAUUCCUCUAGCAUGGCUGCCCUGCGAUUGCUCGAUCGCCCAAUGCUCUUGAUCUCGCUACUGCUCUGUUUCUUCGCGCUCGCCAAUCUCGUCAAUCCCUGCGCGGCCUCUCGCGGCAUCGCCAAUCGCCGCCACCUGAGCGCGCUCGUCAAGGAUCCGCCGCUGGUGCUCGACUACCACAACGGCGAGCUCCUCUCCGGCGCUGGAUCGCUCAACGUCUACGCAAUCUGGUAUGGCGACUUCCAGGACUCGCACAAGUCCGCCAUCGCCGACUUCUUCGCCUCCUUCCAGGACCCCGCCACUACCGUGAGCAGCUGGUGGAAGAUCACCUCCGGCUACAAGGACGCCUCCGGCGCCUCGAUCUUCCCAUCGCUGCGCUAUGCGGGACACACCGACAACGCGGCCGCAUCGCUGGGCCGGAGCCUCAAGCCCGCCGAUCUCGAGUCACUCCUCUCCAAGUCGCUGGAAUCCGCGGCCUUCCCGACCGAUCCAAAGGCGCUCUACCUCGUCCUCACCGCGGCGGACAUCGACGUGGAGGGAUUCUGCGUCCAGUCGUGCGCAUCGCAUCGAGUUCUCAAGGCCGCUAGCGGCAAGAGCAUCGCCUACGCGUGGAUUGGCGACUCGUCCUCGCGCUGCCCGGGCAAAUGCGCGUGGCCGUAUGCCAAUCCCAAGGAUUUUGGAGGACCCGACACGAAGGCUCUGGUGGCGCCCAAUGGAGUCGGGGUGGACGGCAUGGUGAUCAACAUCGCGGCCAUGGUCGCGGGUGCCACCUCCAACCCGUUUGGGACGGGCUACUUCCAGGGCCCGUCAACCGCGCCCCUCGAGGCCGUCACCGCCUGCCCGGGAAUCUUCGGGCAGGGGGCAUAUUCCGGCUACCCCGGCCAGCUCCUGAGCGAUGCAGGCACCGGGGCCAGCUACAAUGCGCGGGGCAGCAAUGCCAGGCAUUUCUUGCUGCCCGCGCUGUGGAAUCCUUCCACUCUCUCCUGCGCUUAUCCUCCCUCGUGACGAGAACCUCGAGCUCCAUCCGUCAAUCUACACAGGUUCCAAAUCUAAGAAACUUUCUUCAGAUAUAGAUCAGCUAUAGAUUUUACACGAAACUUGAGAGAGAGGAUCGCUCAUAACCAUGUUUAGAAUGUACAAAUCGCGGAGAAAGAAAAAAGUGAAAAGAGAGACACAGGGAGGAAACUAUCUUCUAAUACCAAAAGGCAAUAAAAACGAAAAGAAUGUGGUGCUGUUGUUCUUUUA